AACUAGAUAUGUGAAAAUGUGAGUGUGGCCGACCUUACCGAAUCACAGAUAGCCUACCGUUCUUGCUCCAAGAUCGAGUUUUCUUCCGAGACAAGGCCAGCGGUGUGGGAACGUAAACUCCACUUUACGAGUUUGAUUACCAUUUUGUUGGAAUCAGAAAAUGCCGAAGCGUAGAACGAAUCGAACCAAGAAAGCUCGCGAAUCAAAACCGGACUCUCAGACUCAGACGCAGCCGCCUCAAUUCAUGGACCUCGAAAUUCAAGCGAUGGAGCGACAAAUUGGAGCGAUUAGGGCGGUUCGCGAAGUGGAGAUCGAACACUUGCUCACGGAAGUGCGAUUGUUGCGCUCGUGUUUCAGCAGCGAGGAGCUUUGUAAGCCUGUGUUGCAGGUUUUUGAGGAAACCCUACCUAAUCUCUCUGUCGUGAACGACGAACGGAACAAGAUGCUAGAAGUGAAAUGGAGAGAGAACGAGGGUUGUAACGAUGAAAUGGAUGCGCGUGCUUCUUUGCUCCAAAGGUUGUCCAUCGCCUCUUUCCCUCGCUUCGCAGGCUUUGACCAUUCUGCCAGUGCAGGAGGGAGAAUGAGUUUUGUUGGUGCUGAUAACCUGCAAUUCAAGGAUAUUGUUUUGGAGGAGCCAUCUGACACUCAUAAUCUAGCAUUGCAGGAAGGUCUUCAGACUCCCGGGGUGACUAGUCAGAGGUUGUCUGUUGGGAUGACACCCAAAACACUUAGACUGCCCAAAGCUGGCGAGAUACUUCUCUCUGUUCAUGGGUCACCUCUAGGUGUUUUCAAGGAAAAUAACAUGGAAGCCAUACAUGAGUCAGAGGAGGGUUGAAUGCCUUCUAAUUAUUAAUCUACUGUCCUCCAAGAACAAGCUCUAGAAGUCUUUGUUCAUUUUUCAGUCAGCAUUGCAGACUUCCAGUUUUCCCCAUGGCAGCCAAUUAGAUGCUGGAAGCGUCCCAUACAGUUAGUUAUCUGACCACUAGUAUUUUGUAUGUGUAUCUUUUCUAAAUCUAUAUAUAUUUUGCAUCAAGACAAUGAUAAGGAUGUAAAAACUUGUGCACAAAAAAUUUAUAAUCAAGCAAUAUGAUUUAUUUUGAAA